AUGGCCUCUACGUACAACCUCAACUCAACUUUCAAGUUGAACAGUGGUUAUGAGAUUCCCCGUCUAGGCUUUGGUGUCUACCAGACACCACCCAAUGCUACUAAAGAUGCUUGCCUCGAGGCUUUCAAGGCCGGAUAUCGCCACAUUGACUCUGCUGCCGCCUACCGCAACGAAGCCGGCGUUGGUCAGGCUAUCCGAGAGAGUGGUAUCCCCCGCUCUGAGGUCUACUUCACCUCUAAAAUCCCCGCAGGUGUUGUGAGAGGCGGGUAUGAGGCCACGAAAGAGCAGAUUGAGACGAGUUUGAAGACCGCUGAGGUAGACUACUUCGAUCUCAUGCUACUUCACGCACCCUACGGUGGAUCAGCCGCUCGCAAAGGCGCCUGGAAGGCCCUCGUCGAAGCUGCUGAAGAAGGCAAACUUCGAUCCAUCGGCAUCAGCAACUACGGCAUUCACCAUCUAGACGAGCUCGAGCAGCACAUGGCCGAGCUGAAGUCUGAGCGGGGUAACGGUGGUGUCAUUUCCGUCGGUCAAUACGAGAUUCACCCUUGGUGUGCCCGCAACGACGUCGUCGACUGGUUUGCGAAGCGAAACAUUGCCUGCGAGGCCUACUCGCCGGUUGUCCAGGGACAGCGAUGGGGUGAAAAGACUCUCGUCAAGUUGGCUGAGAAGCACAGCAAGACUGAAGCCCAGGUCCUCCUCCGAUGGAGCUUGCAGAAAGGCCUGGUCCCGCUACCUAAGAGCGUGACCCCUUCUCGAAUCAAGGAGAACGCCGAUCUUUACAACUUUGAGCUCUCUAAGGAGGAGAUGGCCGAGUUAGAGACAAAUGAAUAUUCGCCGGUCUGCUGGGAUCCUCUGACGAGCCCACUGGACAACUAA